UGCACGCCAUUUGAACCCAAACGGAGAGAGAGAGAGAAAGAGAGAGAGAGAGAGAUGAGCGCCACCACGACCAGACCUAGGGGAUCGUCGGUCACCGUCACCCUAGAGAACCCUGCGGAGACGCAGCCGCAACCGCAAACACUAGUGCUACGCUUGAAUCGGAAGAAGAAGAAGGUGACGUGGAAGGAAGGGACGGUGGACAACGAAUUCAUGCAGAAGAAGAGCUCUAAGAAGUGCUGCAUAUUCCACAAGCAGAAGCUUUUCGAUGAGGACGACAGCGACCAGGAAGACGAAGGCGACCAUCAUAAUCAUCAUCACAACCAUCAUAAUCAUCAUCACGACCAUCAUGACCAUGCCAAAUCGGAUGGUGCCUCAACGUCUAACGGUGCCACCACCAGUGAUUGAUUGAUUCCUUGGAUUUAUUGUCUCGACUAGGUUUUUCCUUAUGCCUUGUCAGGGUAGCCAACAGCUAGCCUACAGGAGCUUUCAGCAGAAUCUUUUCGCAGCAAAACCCAAGUAGUCGUGUUAUAUGGUGCUAAGCAUAAUUCGGUUAACUGCUCAUGAGUCUCAGACUUUCUUACCUCUAUUUUUAUAAAACUCUGUUGUUGGUGAACUCUUAUACAUCAACAGUGAUUGUAGAAGGGAAUUAUGUAUAUUAUAUCGCUCCCUACUGAAGUGCUUUUCUU